AGACACUCGAGGAGUAAAAUAGUGAUGUGAUACGCUUCGUACAUUGUUGAAUUUUAAAGACGAUUGCAAGUUUUUGGGAUUGACCUAUAAUUGAAAUUCAGCAUGAUGCUUGGUUUGACUGCGACAAUACAUAUGGUCGCCAAAUCUCUAUCUACAGAAAUAUUUCUUGUAAUACUGGGAUUACUCAUUAUUAUCAAUCGCCCGGAUAUAGUAGACGAGAAGAAUCGUGUGCAAUCGAUACCGACGCAACAACUGUUAGCUGAAUACGAUUAUGUAAUAAUUGGUGGAGGAUCUGCCGGUGCUGUGCUAGCUAACCGAUUGUCGGAGGAUAAGGAUCGCACCGUACUCCUACUCGAAGCCGGAGAUAACGAGGAAAUUCUGUCCGAUGUGCCAAAUAAUAUGGGAAUUUUGUAUCACUCAUCUUCUGAUUGGGACUUUAAAACAGAACCGUCAUCUAAUUAUUGCUUGUCCAUGAAUAAUCAUCAGUGCUAUUGGCCACGUGGGAAGAUACUAGGUGGUAGCAGCGUUAUAAAUGGAAUGCUUUAUAUACGUGGUAACAAAAGGGACUAUGAUUCUUGGGCAGCUCUUGGUAAUGUGGGAUGGGAUUAUAAGAGUGUCUUGCCGUAUUUUAAAAAAUCCGAAGAUGCUAGAGCCGAGGAACUCGCCGAAUCACCUUAUCAUCAGAAGGGGGGAUAUUUGACGAUAGAGCGUUUCCGAUAUAAAUCGCCAAUCGAUGAUUACAUUAUUCAUUCCGGCGAAGAGCUGGGAUACAAAGUGCAUGAUGUAAACGGCGAAAAUCAGACUGGUUUCACAUAUGCUUAUGGUACUUUAAGAGAUGGAUUACGGUGCAGCACUGCCAAAGCUUUCCUGCGACCUGCUUCGAAGAGAAAGAAUCUGCACGUCAGCUUACAAUCUUUUGUAGAAAACAUAUUGGUGAAAAAAGAUGGCACGUCGAAGAUAGUUUACGGAGUACAAUUUCUUAAGGGUAGGAGAAGAGUAAUUAAAGCGAAACGGGAAGUAAUUCUUUCUGCUGGUGCGAUACAAUCGCCAAAACUACUGAUGCUUUCGGGAAUUGGACCAAAAGAUCAUCUUGAAGAGAUGAAUAUACCUGUGGUACAUCAUGCAUCUGGUGUAGGACAGAAUCUUCAAGAUCACGUGGGCAUGGCAGGAAUAACUUACAUUGUCGAUCCUCCCCGCAAAAUGACUCGCUCGGAAUGGAACAGAUUCACCAGAAAUCUAUCUAGGAUAGGUAAUUUGGAAAGCAUUCAAGAAUUGAUACAGAAUAGUUCUGGCCCACUCUAUUCGCAUGUGUUAAGCGCAGGAAUGGCGUUUAUCAAAACCAAAUAUGCAGACAAAAUGAUCGAUUAUCCAGACGUACAAUUGCAUUUUUCGGGCGCUUCCGACUACGGACCUCUCGUAGCAAAUAUGAACAUGGUUAACUCAAAGACUGUCACUACUUUGUACAAAAAUAUCACACAAAAUGUUCAAGCUUUCGGAAUUUUUCCAUGUAUUCUGAGACCACGCAGCAGAGGUUUUAUUAAGUUAAAAUCGAGCGAUCCGAAAGAAGCUCCUAUCAUAGUUCCUAAUUACUUCAAGGAUUCCCAUGAUCUUCAAGUUUUAGUGGAGAGCAUGAGAUUUUUGCAGAAAAUGGUUCGUACUGAUCUCAUGCGAAAAUUAAAUGCACGGCUUAAUUCCAACACGAUACCAGAAUGUUCGCAUUUUGACAUUUCAUCGGACGAAUAUUGGGCUUGCUACGCGCGUCAUUUCACAUCGACGAUUUUUCAUCCAGUUUCCACCUGUAAGAUGGGUCCCAUCAAUGACAGUCAUGCUGUCGUCGACGAUAGAUUAAGAGUCCACGGAGUUGCGAAUUUGCGUGUAAUUGAUGCGUCGAUCAUGCCGCUCAUAAUUUCGGGAAAUACAAACGCGCCGACAAUCAUGAUAGCAGAAAAAGGUGCUGAUAUGAUAAAGGAAGAUUGGUUAUGAAUAUUUAGUUAAUGUUAAAAAUCAAAUUAUAUCAUAUAUGUCAUGUAUAUAUCUUUGUUCUUGUUGUUUUCGAAUACGAUUUUUAACUAAAUGAUUGCAACCAAACGUGAUUAAUUAUGAAUAUUUAGUUAACGCAGAAAAAAUAACCUUUUUUUUAAAUAAUAAGUGUACUUAUAUACAUAUUUAUAAAAGGUAAAAAAGGCAUUAAAGAACGUGCGUCAUAUAUUACAUCUUUACAAAAAGGAAUGAUAAUCUCUAAAAACUUAUCUUUUUAAAAAAGAUAGAAAAAAGGGCCCAAGUACAC